AUGCCUUUGUCUGAGCUACUAUAUCGAAUGGCUAAAGGAAAGAUUGAUUCUUCUCAAGAGAAGAAUCCUACUUGUUCAACCGAUCUGUCUUUUGUACCUGAGAAUGAUUUUGGUGAGCUGAUAUGGGAAAAUGGUCAGAUUCAAUCCAGUAGAGCUAGAAAGAUUCAAACCUGUAGCAGCUUACCCCCCAAGAUUAGAGAUAAAGACAUAGGAAAUGGCCCCAGUACUAGGACAGGAAAGUUUGGAACGAUGGGGUUUACACUGAAUGAACUCCCAUCGGUUCCUGCUGUUGAAAUGGGGGCGAAUCAAGAUGAUGACAUGGCACGUUGGUUGAAUUAUCCAUUGGAUGAAUCUCUGCAACACGAUUAUUGUUCUGAGUUUUUACCCGAAUUAUCUGGGGUUACUGUAAAUGAACACUCCUGCCAGGGUAGUUUUCCGUCGUUUGAUAAAAGAAGUUGUGAUCAGUCAAUUAGGGACUCCCAUACUGUUUCGGUACAUAAUGUUUUGAGCUUAGAGCAAGGAGAUGUGGCGAAGAAUUCUUCAGCAGGGGAUACUGAAGCUAAUAGGCCCAGAACCAAUGCUAGUCAGUUAUAUCCGUCAUCUUCAGAGCAACACCAAACAUCAUUUCCAUAUUUUAGAUCCAGAGUUUCAACUAAAAAUGGUGAUGGUACAAGCAAUGCUACCCACCAUGUUGUUUCAGCGGAUUCUAUUCGAGCUCCAACAUCAGGAGGUGGUUUUCCCAGCAUAAAGAUGCAGAAGCAAGUUCCAGCACCAUACACUACCAACUCCGGUUUAAUGAAUUUCUGUCACUUUGCUAGACCUGCUGGUCUUGUUAAAGCUAAUCUUCAGAACAUUGGCAUGAGAGCUAGUUCAGGAAAUUCAAGCAUGGAAAGAAUGCAAAAUAAAGAUAAGGGCUCAAUUGCAAGUUGUAGCAAUCUGGCUGAAUGCACUCCCAUCGAUUCAUGUAGGGGUUUACCAAAGGAAACACCCUCCCAUUGCCGUCCUGCUAUGAUGUCGUCCAAGGUUGAGGCUAAGCCUGCUAAAGGAUCUGUACCUGCUGAGCUACCUGAGGCUAUGAGCCAAGAAGGUGACUCUAAAAAUGAUAGAAACUGUAGUCAAAAUUUUGGUGAAAGUGCAACUCAAGGAUUGGCAGAUGUUGAAAAGACUACAGAGCCCGUGGUUGCUUCUUCUUCCGUUGGCUCGGGAAAUAGUGUGGAGAGACCUUCGGACGAUGCAACAGAGAAUCUGAAGAGAAAACAUCGAGAUACUGAGGAGUCCGAAGGUCCUAGUGAAGAUGUUGAAGAAGAAUCAGUAGGUGCAAAAAAACCAGCUUCUGCUCGAGCAGCUAUGAAUUAUAACAUCUUGAUUGGUUCUCAUAUGGACUUCAAUAAACAGAGGCGAAGGGAUAGGAUCAAUGAGAAGAUGCGGGCCUUACAAGAACUCAUACCAAACUGCAAUAAGGUGGAUAAAGCUUCAAUGCUUGAUGAGGCCAUUGAGUAUUUAAAGACGCUUCAGCUUCAAGUACAGAUUAUGUCAAUGGGAGCUGGAAUGUAUAUGCCAUCAAUGAUGCUACCCCCUGGAAUGCCGCACAUGCAUCCAGCUCAUAUGGGGCAGUUCUUACCCAUGGGCGUUGGAAUGGGAAUGGGAAUGGGUUUUGGGAUGAGUAUGCCUGACAUGAAUGGUGGAUCUUCUGGUUGCCCUAUGUAUCAAGUGCCUCCUAUGCAUGGCCCACAUUUCCCUGGCCCGCCAAUGUCAGGGCCAAGUGCUUUGCAUGGGAUGGGAGGAUCAAGUCUUCAGAUGUUUGGACUUUCUGGUCAAGGACUUCCAAUGUCAUUUCCCCGUGCACCCUUAAUGCCGAUGCCUCAGGGGCCUCCUAUGAAAACAAACAUGGAACCAAAUGCUUGUGGGGUGGCAGGUCCUAUGGAUAAUUUGGAUCCAGCUACAGCCUCUGGUUCAAAGGAUGCACUUCAGAAUAUCAACUCCCAAGUGAGGCAGAACAAUGUUGCCAAUAGCUCAAUGAAUCAGAACUCUAGUCAGUGCCAAGCAACAAAUGAACAUUUUGAACAGCCUUCUCUGGCGCAAAAUAAUGGUCAAGACUCAGAAGUUGCUGAAAAUGGAGCAUUGAACUCAGCUGGUGGAAAUGACAAUGUUCCUAGUGGAGGGACUGGUGAGUAUUCACAACCACAGUUGGCUGUACUUAACAUUGAUGUUGUGACUGAUUGGUAA